AUGCAGCCAACACCCUCGACUUCUAGUAGUGCGACAGCAGUGCAGGCAGGUGCAAUCGAUAAUGUAGUCAUCGAAGCUCUCUCAAAAUACAGGUCUUUGGCUGCCUUCCCUCAACCGGGAAAAUUCACAAUCUUUGCUUCCUUUAUCCUCUCAUCGCGCACUGUACAAUCUUGCAAGGUCAUCUCAUUGGGCACAGGUUGCAAAUGUCUACCGGCCACGCGUCUCCCACCAAAAGGAGAUGCCCUCCAUGAUUGCCACGCCGAAGUCCUUGCCCGGCGCGGAGCCGUGCGUUGGUUUCUAGAGGAAGCCCAGAGAGACGGAAACAACUCUAUGAACGUCUCGUUGUGGAUCUCCAGAGGAAAAGAUGGACUGUACGAACUCCGCGAAGAUGUCGAUCUCUAUGUCUAUGUCUCUACUCUGCCAUGCGGAGACUCGUCGACGCGCCUCCUCGCUUCUCUUCAAGAUCCAGCCAUGGCUGCUUUAAAGGAUUCAUCCACCUGGCCCGACCUUCCUCCAGGUACCCCUUCUCGUGGCCGCGACGACUAUGCACGACUUGGGGUACUACGUACCAAACCAGGGCGCGCAGAUGCACCGACGGUGCUCAGCAUGUCAUGUAGUGAUAAAAUCGCUCGUUGGUCUGUCCUUGGUAUACAGGGUAGCCUCGCGAGUAAUAUCUUUAGACCUAUCUACCUAAGUGGGAUCAUCAUCGGCGAAGUCGAUGAAGAAAAGAGGGAGACUGUACGGAUGGAUUGCGAGCGAGCAUUUUACGAUCGAAUAAAACAGCUCGACAGCGCGAUUCUUCCCUGUGGGUUUAGACUUGCGAAACCGUUCAUAUGUUUUACAUCACUACCCUUCAUACACUCACAGACUACUCUUGGUCUCACCACUAGAGCAUCCAACGACUCUAUCUGCUGGAUUGCAGACUCGGACAAGCCUCAUGAAGUCCUCAUCAAUGGGCUUCGGCGAGGUGUUCCCCCAAAACAUAUUUCCAACGCGAAAUUCAGACCACUAUUGUCGAAAAUUUCUCUAUAUGCCGUCUAUCUAUCGACGCUCGAAGCACUCAACCUCCCAUCACCACCCGAGUCAUCGACCUACUAUGUCGUCAAACAAUCCGUCGUUCACUAUCAACACGCAAAGCAUGCGCUCCUCGGUCCAAGCGCGCCCUUCGCGGGCUGGAUAUGUAGUGGGAGGCGAUGGGAGGGUUUCGAUUCUCAGGGAGCACUUUCUGACGCUCCCGUUUCCGUUGCAGAAGACCUUACCGUUGUCGCUGAAAACGAAGCUCAAGUUGUGUCCUGA